CAUUCUCAUAUUUGUCAACGGUGAGCAGUGAGAGAGAGAGAGAGAGCUAACGCUAAGCAAAGCUAGCUAGCCUUUUACAAAAAAUGGCCGAAACACCAAUUAUCAGAUUUGGAAUCUUAGGCUGUGCCGACAUAGCUCGCAAGCUCUCCAGAGCCAUCUAUCUCUCCCCUAACGCCACUCUCUCCGCCAUCGGCAGCCGCUCCAUUGACAAGGCGGCGAAAUUCGCCGCCGCCAACAACUUCCCUCCCUCCGCCAGGAUCUACGGAACCUAUGAUGCCGUCCUCAAUGACCCCGACGUUGAUGCCGUCUAUGUGCCGCUCCCCACCAGCCUCCACCGGCGGUGGGCGGUGAUGGCGGCGGAGAAGGGGAAGCACGUGUUGUUGGAGAAGCCGGUGGCGUUGAAGGUGGCGGAGUUGGAUGAGAUUCUGGAGGCGUGUCGGUUGAAUGGUGUGCAGUUCAUGGAUGCUACCAUGUGGAUGCACCACCCUCGCACGGCAGCGAUGAGGGAGUUUCUGUCUGAUGUGGAGCGUUUCGGCCAACUCAAAACGAUCCACAGCAACUUCUCAUACAUAGGCGGCCCCGAUUUCCUCACCAACAACAUCCGCGUGAACCCAGACCUCGACUCCCUCGGCGCGCUGGGCGACAUCGGCUGGUACUGCAUCCGAGCCAUCCUCUGGGCCGCCAACUUCCAGCUCCCGAAAACCGCCGUAGCUUUGCGGCAGCCAGUCCUGAACGAAGCCGGCGUGAUCCUCUCGUGCGGCUCCUCCCUCUACUGGGAAGAUGGCAAAAUCGCAACCUUCCAUUGCUCUUUCCUCACCAACUUGUCAACGGACCUAACUGCCCUCGGAACCAAGUCCAAUUUACGAGUCCACGACUUUGCCAUUCCUUUUGAAGAGAACGUGGCGUCGUUUCAUGUCACUUCGCAGUUUGGUUGGCCGAUGGUGAGCGAGCGGAGUGUUGAGUGUGAGGUCCCUCAGGAGGCUUUGAUGGUGAGAGAGUUUGCCAAUUUGGUUGCGGCCAUUAUGAGAAAGGGUUCGAAGCCGGAGGAGAGGUGGAUGGCGAUUAGUAGGAAGACUCAGCUGGUUUUGGAUGCUGUUACGGCUUCGAUUGAGACAGGGUUUGAGCCGGUUGAGGUUGUGAGUCCGUUGGGAGAGUAACACUAGUCAUCAACAACUUAAAUAUAGAAAAGGUAAACUAUGCUUGUAGUUUCUUUAUUUUACUGUUUGUGUUGUUUUGUUUGUUAGUAAUUUGAAUUGACUCGAUUUGAUCAUAAAUUUAUGAUUUUGUUUUAAUUAGAUUCGAUUGAUUACGAUUUUUAAUAUAUUUUUAAUAAAAAAUACGC